AUGUCGAAGUUUGACUUAAUCGUCACUAAUGGCAAGGUGGUCACUGCCGCCGAUAUCAGCACCUGCUGUAUUGGAAUCAAAGAUGGCAAGAUUCGAGCACUGGCAGAAAGCUUUACGACAGAUGAACUAGAAGGAUCCCGAGUCAUAGAUGCCGAAGGCGCCUAUGUAAUGCCAGGUGGCAUCGAUGCCCAUGUGCACCUCUCACAAGACUUGAAGACAGGACCUCAUGGGCUAGGUGGUGAAUGUGCAGAUAACUUUGAGACUGGUUCCAAAAGCGCCGCAGCCGGAGGAACUACCACAAUCAUUACUUUCGCAACUCAGACUCGAGCAGAAGAAGACAGAAGUCUCAUCAAUGUUAUCACGGCGUAUAAUGCGCGUGCUGAGGCUACGGGUAGCUAUGUUGACUAUGGAUUUCACAUAAUCAUAGUCCGCAAUGAUACUGAUGUGUUGGAAAAAGAGAUGCCAAUAUUGAUGAAUGAGUGGGGUGUCAGCAGUUGCAAGCUAUUUUUGACUUAUGAGACACAGCGCAUGACAGAUUCUCAAUUGUUGGAUGUCAUGUUUGCAGCUAAGAAGAAUUCGAUGACUACGAUGAUUCACGCCGAGAACGGUGAUAUGAUCCAAUGGCUCACUGACAAGCUUGAGAAAAAGGGGAUGGUUGCUCCGUACUACCAUGCUCUAUCACGCCCUCCCUUGGUCGAAGGCGAGGCAACAAACAGAGCCAUCGCGCUGGCACAGCUGAUUCAGAAUCCGAUUCUCUUUGUCCAUGUUGGAUCGGCACUUGGUGCCAGAAAUGUUCGCAAGGCGCAAACAAUGGGUCUCCCUGUUUAUGCAGAGACAUGCCCUCAAUAUUUCCAUUUGACCUGGGAGGAUCUGAAACGCUUUCAUUCUCCCACCUGCUUCGAAAAUAGUAAGAUGAUCUGCUCGCCUCCGCCACCUCCAGAUGCAUCGGACCAAGAAGAACUAUUUGUUGGCCUGGAAAAUGGAACUUUCACCAUUUACUCAUCGGAUCACUGCCCUUUCCGAUACGACGAUCCAAGAGGCAAACCGACCGGCGUGCUUGAAGAUGCUGCAAGCAUGGAAGGCGAGCAUCACUGCACGGGUGAUGAGCUACAAAGUCUUCUCAGGCGGAAACAAGGCUCCUUCCGACUGAUUCCUAAUGGAAUUCCUGGUGUUGAGACUCGAUUGCCACUUUUGUAUACUGGAGCUUUAUCUACUGGUCGAAUCACCCCACAGAAAUUUGUGGAGUUGACAUCUACCAACCCCGCGAAAUUGUAUGGACUUUAUCCUAGAAAGGGCGCGAUUGUGCCUGGUUCUGAUGCCGAUUUGGUCAUUUGGCAUCCAGAAGAUUCUUUCAAGGGCUUCGAUUUGACAAAUUCUAUGCUUCACCAUAACGCUGACUAUACACCUUACGAAGGAAUGGAAUUUGCUAAUUGGCCUCGGUAUACCAUUCUACGAGGUAAAGUCAUAUGGGCCGAAGGUGAGAUUCGAGGAAAGCCGAGGGAUGGGCAAUAUUUGAAGCGCGGUCCCAGUAAACUGGUCCGAGGAGCUGCUAAGGUGACUCAAGAUCCCCGACGUGUCGCGACAUGGCUUUAUGAGUAA